AUAAAGAUAAAAAACGAUAUGCUACAGAAUAUAAAAAUGUAGGAAGCUUAAUGGAAAAUUUAAUUAUACAUCUUAGAGAUAUUAAUGCAAUUGUUUCAGAAAAUGAUAUAGUUAAUUCAAAAAAG